AUGGACGGACGGAGGUAUGGUGACGGUAGAUGGACGGACGGAGGUAUGAUGGAGGUAGAGUGGACGGACGAAGGUAUGGUGAUGGUAGGAUGGACGGACGGAGGUAUGAUGGAGGUAGAGUGGACGGACGGAGGUAUGGUGAAGGUAGGAUGGACGGACGGAGGUAUGAUGGGAGGUAGAGUGGACGGACGGAGGUAUGGUGACGGUAGGAUGGACGGACGGAGGUAUGGUGAAGGUAGGAUGGACGGACGGAGGUAUGGUGACGGUAGGAUGGACGGACGGAGGUAUGGUGAAGGUAUGAUGGACGGACGGAGGUAUGGUGACGGUAGGAUGGACGGACGGAGGUAUGGUGAAGGUAGGAUGGACGGACGGAGGUAUGGUGGAGGUAGAGUGGACGGACGGAGGUAUGGUGGAGGUAGAGUGGACGGACGGAGGUAUGGUGAAGGUAGGAUGGACGGACGGAGGUACGAUGAAGGUAGGAUGGACGGACGGAGGUACGAUGAAGGUAGGAUGGACGGACGGAGGUAUGGUGGGGGUAGAGUGGACGGACGGAGGUAUGGUGAAGGUAGGAUGGACGGACGGAGGUAUGAUGAAGGUAGGAUGGAUGGACGGAGGAAUGAUGAAGGUAGGAUGGACGGACGGAGGUAUGGUGGAGGUAGGGUGAACGGACGGAGGUAUGGUGAUGGCAUGGUGGACGGACGGAGGUAUGGUGGAGGUAGAGUGGACGGACGGAGGUAUGGUGAAGGUAGGGUGGACGGACGGAGGUAUGGUGAAGGUAGGAUGAACGGACGGAGGUAUGGUGAAGGUAGGGUGGACGGACGGAGGUAUGUUGAUGGUAGGAUGAACGGACGGAGGUAUGGUGAAGGUAGAGUUGACGGACGGAGGUAUACUGACGGUAGGGUGGACAGACGGACGGAGGUAUGGUGA